AUGUUGACACCAACAUUUCAUUUUACUGUUCUUCAAAGAUAUCAAACUAUAUUUGCUGAACAAGCCAAAAUAUUAGUUGAUUUAUUAUCGAAAAAAACAAAUGAAUCAUUUGAUAUAUUUCCAUAUAUCAAAAGAUGUGCAUUAGAUAUCAUUUGUGAAACAGCAAUGGGUGCAACUGUAAAUGCACAAAUUGGUGGAAAUAAUGAAUAUGUUGAUGCAGUUGGAAGAAUAUCUGAAAUUAUUUGGGAUUAUGAACGAUUUCCUUGGUUAUGGUUUAAACCAAUUUGGUAUUUUAGUGGAAAAGGAGGAGAAUUUGAUCGAUUAGUUAAAUUAACUAAUGAUUUUACAAGAAAUGUUAUUAAAGAUAGAAAAGAGGAACAUAUUGAUGAAAAUGAUAACAAACUUGCUUUUUUGGAUUAUUUGUUGAAAAUGCAAUCUGAAGGAAAAUUGAGUGAUGAAGAUAUUCGAGAAGAAGUUGAUACUUUUAUGUUUGAAGGUAAUCAAAAUACGGAUGUAUUGGUCAAAAACCAAUUAUCCAUUAAUUUAUUUAGAACUACAGCUAGGAAAAAAGCCAUGUGGAUUUUUUUAUGAUAAAAAUUCAAUUUUGAACCUAUUUUUCGGCACUAAAAAUUUACAGUAAUAAAAAAAUUUUGAAAAUUUCAAAAUCUUUUUUGGCGCCUCUAACAGUAAUCAAGCAAUGUUUUGGCGCCGAAACAAUGCUAUUUGAAUUUUUCAAGAAAUAUCAACUUUUUUUAUAACUACAGUAAUCCUGUAACUAUAAAAAAGACUAGUCCCAAAAAAACCAUUUGUGGAGAGCGCCUCAAGAUUACUGUAGAUCCGAAAAAUAAUUCCAUCGACAAAAUUCUAGCUAGAUUUAAAGAAUUUUUAAAAUUUUGAGGCCCAUAGGUUUUUGAUCAAUUACACAUUAUGAUUGAAAUCUUCCAAACUAAUUUUCCAAAUCAAAACAAAAUCUUCAGGACAUGAUACAACUGCAAGUGGAAUGGUUUUCACACUUUGGUGGCUUGGACAAUAUCCAGAAUAUCAAAAAUUGGUUCAUGAAGAAAUUGACAAUGUAUUUGGAACUGGAGAUUAUGAAAGAAAUCCGACAAAUGAAGAUGUCAAAAAAUUAGUUUAUCUUGAAAAAUGUGUCAAAGAAGCAUUGCGAUUAUUCCCUUCUGUUCCUUUAAUCGCCAGAAAAUUGACCGAAGAUCUUGUUUUACGUUAGUUCAAAAUUUUAAAAAAUCUAGCUUCUACAAUUUUUUAAAAAAUAUUUUUCAGCGCAUCCAAAUUUAUCCGAAAUUCGUUUGCCAGCUGGAAUGACAGUUGUUGUUUCUCCAUUAACAGCAUCAAGAGAUCCGAGAGAAUUUGAAAACCCUGAAGAAUUUUAUCCAGAACAUUUUGAUUCAGAAGUUGUUUCAAAACGUAAUCCAUAUUCAUAUAUUCCAUUUGCCGCUGGACCAAGAAAUUGUAUUGGCCAGAAAUUUGCGAUUCUCGAGGAAAAAACUGUUUUAUCUACGAUUUUCCGAAAAUUCCGUGUUGAAAGUAUUGAACAUUGGCCAGAUGGAAGACCGGUUCCGGAAAUUAUUUUGAGACCAUUUGAUGGUGUUAGAGUUAGACUUAUUCCUCGACAUUAA